AUGGUCCAGAGUUCAUGUAGUAGAAGAAAGGCUGUUGUUGGAUUUCCACGAGCAGCAAUGGCUGAAAGUCGCAGGGUGGGCUGCAGGAGAGUCCUGCUCUGCAGCCUGCUCGGCAGGCUCCAGUUGUCACUACAAAUCACUCCGCCGUGUGAAAGCGAACAACACUAUGAAUACUCUGGACGGUGCUGCACAAAAUGUGAGCCAGGAAAGUACAUGGCUGCUAGAUGCACUGGUACUUCUGAUAGCGUGUGUCAGCCGUGUGGCCCAAACGAGUAUAUGGACGUCUGGAAUGAAGAAGACAAAUGCUUACUACAUAAAAUAUGUGAUCAAGGGAAAGCUUUGAGAGAAGUGAACCCAGGGAACAGCACGUUCCAGCGGCAGUGUGCUUGUACGAUGGGCUACCACUGGAAUGAAGACUGCGACUGCUGUCAGCGAAAUACCAUAUGUGCUCCAGGAUUUGGAGUUGAGCAUCCUGUGCAACAAGACAAGGACACAAUGUGUACACCAUGUCCCAGAGGCUACUUCUCAAAGGUUGCUUCAUCCACCGACGAGUGUAAAUCCUGGACCAACUGUACAGCUCUAGGAAUGGCAGAAAUAGUGCCUGGGACUGACAAGUCAGAUGCAGUUUGCGCAGAACGGAAGAUUCCUGAGCCAUCGGAAGACGGAACAAACAGGAUCUUAUACGUGUUGAUUGUCGUCUUGUUUUUUGUGGCACUAGUUGGCAUUGUCAUCUUCAUCGUGUACUACAAGAAUAAGGGAAAAAAGCUGACAGCAGAUCUACAGAAUUGGGCUAACGAAGUGUGCAGCCAAAUAAAAGGAACAAAGGAGCCGCCAAGGGAUGCAUUUGUUACCGGGAACACGAAUGCUGCUGUCCCCCAGACCUCUGAAGGCGUGUGUCUCCUGGGCCCCGCUGGUUCUCUUGCCCCUGGAAACUCGUGCUGCACCAGCGGUCACGCUCCUUGCAGGAACGGGAGCCCCGGCACGGCGCCAUGCGAGGCGGGAGGGAGCCUCCAAGAGUUUUCUGUGGUAACUGAGACUGAAGAUGACCAUUUCCCACCAGUUCCCAUGGAAGAUGAAUACAUGGAUAAGGAUCUCAACACCAGUGAUUAUUUAUCUUUACUGAGUCAGACUGCCAGUAAAACCGUGUCGUCAUUUUCAGAACCAAUGGAGGCAGGGGAGAACGACAGCUUAAAUCAGUACUUUUCAGGGAUUGGGAGCACAGAGGACCUGUCAGUCUCUCAAGGCUCUCACCCUUCCUCCGACACGGACGGGGCACACGUUGCCACGGACAGACCCCUUCAGAAAUCUUGCCAACGUGCCCACAGUUGCCUGAAGGAGACAGGCAACAAAGACACAGAUCGUUUUGCAACAAACUAUGUCUCAGAGAAGAUCUGUGUGAGGUGUGGCAUUUCGUACAGGGAAUCUCCUAGAAAGUGGAGCAAACCCUCUUGUGCUGCGGCUGACAGUGCCUCCACCUCCCCAGAAACUGGAUCCUACGCACAGUGCACCUGUGGCUUGAAUUUUCUCUCUGCUGGUCAGAGCACUCUAGCAAGUGACCAUGGUAUGGAAGAUGCAUCUUCGGAUAGUAGCAACAUCAAGUACCAGAACACAAACAGAAGCACUUCGGGGACAAACAGCACCACUUCAGACCUCCCUCCAGCAUCUGGAAAUGUGACUGGAAACAGUAACUCCACCUUUAUCUCAAGUGGACAAGUAAUGAAUUUCAAGGGCGACAUCAUUGUUGUCUACCUUAGCCAAAACUCCCAGGAGGGGGCAACGGCCUCGGGGCCGAGCGAGGAGAACGUGGGCAGCCCUGUGCAGGAGGAAAACCUCAGCCGCUGCGAGACUUUUGCCGGCAACGCCCAGCACUACAAGGAGAAGUGUGCCGAGCUGCAGGGCGCCUGCCCGGUG